UAAUGAAUUUCGAGGUGACCUCUCUGGCUCGGUUCGUCUAUAAAUACCAUUCUCCUCUUCAUCCAUCGUCUAAGUAGCUCAAGCGCUGAGGCUGGGAAAGCUAUAUAUAUAGCUAGCUAGCAUUUCUUUUCGAGUUAGACACAUAGCAAUACACUCUGAUCCGCUUCCAUUCCAUCAACGCGAGAAGUCACUGAAGGAGUGGAGGCUGCAGCUAUACUCUACCAAAACUGAAUCUCUAGCUAGCUUGCAAUCCUGUCAUGGAUUUACCGACAACCAUAUGGACACUACUGGUCUUUGCUGCCUUUUCCGUCGCCAUAGUAGCAGCGACCAAGAUUAUUACAAGACGACGACGACGACGACAACAAUCAGCUGCCGGUCCGACGACAACGAAACGCCCACCUCCGCCCGUGUCUCCGGGGAUCCCUCUGCUGGGCGACCUGCCGGCGCUGCUCACCAAGGGCCCGUUGGCCCUGAUCCGCGACCACUACACGAUGCUGGGAAGCGUUUUCACCGUGCGCUUGUUCCGCCUGAAGCUCACCUUCGUGGUCGGGCCAGACGUGUCGAGCCAUUUCUACCGGGGCCUGGAUUCCGAGAUCAGCCAGGACGAGGUCUCCCAGUUCACCAUCCCCACCUUCGGCCCUGGCAUCGCCUUCGACGUCGAUUACGCCACUCGGCACGAGCAGUUCAGGUUCUUCGGCGACGCCUUGAAGCCGGUGAAGCUCAGGACCUAUGCCAGCCUCAUGGUUCAUGAAGUCGAGAGUCAUUUUGCGAGGUGGGGACAGUCCGGCACCGUUGAUCUGAAGCAGGAGCUAGAGCACCUCGUGACGCUCAUCACCAGCCGGUGCCUGUUCGGCGCCGCCGUCCGGGAGAGGAUGUUCACCGAGGUCGGGUCGCUGCUCCGCGAGCUCAACGACGGAAUGCGCCUCGUCACGAUCCUGUUCCCUCACCUCCCGAUCCCCGCGCACCGCCGGCGCGACGCCGCGCGCGCCAGGCUAGGCGAGAUAUUCACCGAGAUCGUCAGGUCCCGCAAGAGCCGCACCGACGACGACGACGACGACGACAUGCUGCAGUGCCUGCUCGACGCCCGGUACAAGGACGGCCGCGGGACGACGGAGACGGAGGUCGUCGGGAUGCUCGUCUCCGCGCUCUUCGCGGGGCAGCACAACAGCUCCAGCGCGGGCACCUGGACCGGGGCGCGCCUCCUCACCCACACCAAGCACCUGCGCGCCGCCGUCGAGGAGCAGCGGCGUGUCGUGGCGCGGCACGGUGACCGCGUCGACUACGACGUGCUGCAGGAGAUGGAGACCCUGCACCGCUGCGUCAAGGAAACCCUGCGCCUGCACCCUCCCGCGCUGAUGCUGCUCCGCCACGCGCGGCGGAGCUUCACCGUGCGGACCAGGGACGGCCGCGAGUACGAGGUGCCCAAGGGCCACGCGGUCGCCAGCCCGCUGGUGCUCCACAACAGGCUGCCGCACAUCUACGACGAACCGGACAAGUACGACCCGGAUCGGUUCGCGCCCCGGAGAGCGGAGGACAAGCCCGGCGGCGCGCUGGCGUACUUGUCGUUCGGCGCCGGAAGGCACAUCUGCGUCGGCGAGGCGUUCGCGUACAUGCAGCUUAAGCUGAUAUGGAGCCAUCUGCUGAGGAACUUCGACAUGGAGCUGGUGUCCCCGUUCCCCAGGACGGACUGGAACGUCGUCAUGCCAGGGCCGCAGGGGAAGGUGAUCAUCAGCUACAAGAGACGGCCCCUGCCUACGACAGACUGAACAAAGAGCUGGCUUGUUUGGAAAGCAGGAAUAUCUCACGAAGAACUACCGUUAGACAUGUUACGUGGAACAAAGUAUGUCGACAAUAACGGGCUAGUAGUUUAUAUUGUCCUCGUCAUCGUCUCUUCAGUUUACAUGUAUAGACAGUAAGCUUUUGAAAAAUGCAUAACUUACAUUAUACUACCUCCAUUCAAAAUAUAAGAUGUGUUGGCUUUUUCUAGUUAUACAUAGAUAAAACAAUAUAUAUAGAAAAGCCAAAAUAUCAUAUAAUUUGAAGAGGGAGUAGCAAACAAUUCAGCUUCGAGUAUUGACAGUCCAGUCUUCGAAGAA